AUCGCGUUAACCCAAGGCAUUCUCACCGAUCGCCAAAAUACUUGCCUUUCCUUCUCGCCAUCGCCCAUACUUUCACUCGUCUUGACUAACGUACUGUCAAAUUGUCCAGACGCCUCGCGUACAGUUUCAGCGGAUCUUUGGAGGGAGAAAAACGUGAUAAAUUUCCGGUCCUACGAGCAUUUAGAACUAUGGGUACGGUGAGCAACUUCUUGGCCAGCUGGUCCCUGUUGGCGGUGGUCCUCCCACUCACCUUGGCGCACGACGUCCGACCGGUGGACCAGGACCAAACGCGGUUCGCGGCACUCGAGGAGCAGGAUCCCCAGAAGGUCGAGGAAGCUCUGCUGAAGCUGCACUUCGCCCUGCUGGAGGAUUCGCGCCAAAAGGAGACGGGCCGCCAGAACUACCCCGUCAUGAACAUGACCGCGGACAUUAGCCGCAACGAGUUUGACUAUCUGGUGGGACGGAUUAACGAGGAGGUUGCCGUUCUGCGCCGACAGGCUCUUAUCCUGUCCAAGGCGUACCAAUCGCUGCUGGUCAAACACAAGGAAACGACGGCAAAGUUGGACUCAGUCAGCAGUGACCCGCUGGGUAUUUGUGCCAACGCGACCUGCAAGGCACCCCAAGCAUCCCCUCCAGACGCCGACAAAUCAACGUCUCUGUUCGCCCAAAAAGCAGUAAAAACCACCCAUGCCGCCCCCACCACGUGCAACUGUAACUGCCAAUUCCCGACUAUCCCCACCGCAAGCAAGCAACUUCCAACCAACUCCGAGUCCAGCGUGGUAGGCAACAAGUACUACUACUUCAACUACGUCCAGUACCCCAAGUACACCGCAAGCCAGCAACCCGCGGUGGAGUCCAACACGUACCUCGGACAAUCGGGCGACCCCACCGGGCGUCCCUCCUGGUACGAUCAGACUCCCCAGAGGCCCAAGGGAGUCCGGCCUCUGGUUACGGCAUCCACGCUGGAUAAGCGAAUCGGCUCGCUGCACGAUUUGGAGCAGCGGUUAGACUAUAAGAUUAACAAGGUUAAGCAGUCGUACUAUGACAAGUACGCGCGUAGGAACGCGGAAAAACUUUACACCUCAGGUGAAGUGGAGGCGAUGCUUGAUCAUUGGCUGAAGGAUCAUCGACGAGAUUGAAAGGGUGUAGGAGGUUAGGGUUAAAUUAAAUUAUUUAUUAUAGGUUUAGGCGUUACAACAAAUUUCUUCAGACUCUUCCUACCUCAGUCGAUGUGCGUUCUCUCGCAAGUUUUAUAGCUUUAAUUCUACUACACUUCAAUCUACCUGCAGCUGUCACAUACCAUGAAACUUUUUUCAAUCUGGUAUUUUUUUAAAUAAAUAGUUUGAAUUGUU